GGUACGCGCAAUUUUUAAUAGUCUCAUUUUUAAUUAUAGUUCUUAUAAAUUACUUAUUCAUAUUUUAAUAAAUUAAUUACAUUUAAGACGUAGAGACAAAAAAUACAUAAUUUAGACGAGAUGUAAAAUUGAUAGAACAAUAACCUGUUGGUUAAAAAAAACACAUUGUAACAGGCAUUUUCUUAGCAAGUGUCUGCGGUAAUUAGUUAAUCUGGCGUCCUACGUGCCUCGUAUAAAUUCAGAGUAAUCUAGAAUGAUGUAAUGAGCUUGAAUGUAAUGUCCGCAACAAGCAUCACUGAACAUAAACAGGGCAAACGCUAACCGUUGGCAACAGUCUCGACAAUAGUCCCACAAUGCUGGACCUGAACACAACACAAAAGCAAUCAACUGUGUGCGUGGAGCACCCAGGAUUCAGACAUAAUGGAAAAGAUAAUAUUGUGUGUCAUCCUCCUGAGUCCCAGCAAAGCACAGACAGUGGAGACGAGUUCAUUCAGCUCAGGAAACUGAAUGGCUCACCCAGUGAGAGUCCCAGUUACCAGAAUCUCCACAAAGAACUUUUGCUCUGCCACAAGAGAGGCCUGUUGUUGGAGGAGAAACCAGAAUUGCAGCGUGUGUUACAGCAAAGGAGGCUUGACCUGCACAGAGAGCAGGAACUUGCCCUCCGACCUCCCUCUGACCUGGAACAAGAGCUCCGUAAGAGACAGCAGAAACUGCAGGAGUAUGAGAUUGAGGAACAGAGCCGUAUAGAGGAUGAGAAAAACGUUCCAGAAUUUGUACGAGUGAAAGAGAAUCUGCGUCGCAUACAGUUGACCGAAUAAAAUAACGGAAGGGUCUGUGGAUCAGAAAUGUGCCUUAAUUUUCACUGUUUUCAUAUAAAAAGUGUUGAAAUAAACUGGCAUACAGCUGUAAUGUAGUGAAGCACUGUAUUUAAAUGUACUGUAAAUUUGAGUCCAAGUAAAGCUAUUCAUGUCUUGUAUAAUA